GGGAAGUGUGGUGGGAACGGAUAUACAGGACCGACGAGUUGUAUUGCUGGCUACACUUGCGUCGUCUCGAGUUCAACCUAUUCACAAUGCCUGCCAGCGCCGAUCCCACCUGGUCAUCAAUCACCAUGGGGUCCGUGGAUCAUCUCUUCAUAG